AUGGCUGGCAAAAUUAGCACUGAAGUUCGGGUCCCACGAGGCUGGCUUCCGAACUGCAAGACUGCAUAUCGAAUUCACAAGCACCACGGCAACGCCUUAUCGAGCCCUCUUAGGCGCACAGCGACUCCCUUCUCCUCCCGCAUCGCCGUGCCUUUUCCGUCUGCGGCUGGGCUGGAGCCCAAAGAAGACAAAGCUACCGGCAGGACGGACAUCAGGCUACCCUCGACGACCCAACCAUCAACGACAGUGGACGGCUCCAAAUGGCUCCCAGGGCACCUCAAAGUACGGUCGAACGGCUCGAUAGGCCGAGCGCAUACUAUCAGAGCAGGGUUCGUGGCUGCGCCCCCCCCGCCCGGUACCUCGGCGGCCGCAUGGAAGCUCACGAAUUCGCAGAAUAAGCGCAGACGUGAUCGCGACGAGACCGACGGCGGCGACCAAGCGGCCGAGCCGGCCGUGGAUCCCCUCGCCGAGGCGACGACCCUCUACGUCGGCAACCUGUCCUUCUACACUACCGAGGAGCAAGUCUACGAGCUCUUCUCCAAGUGCGGCGAAAUCAAACGGCUCGUCAUGGGCCUCGACCGGUUCCAGAAAACGCCGUGCGGCUUUUGCUUCGUCGAGUACUACACCCACCAAGACGCCCUCGACUGCAUGAAGUACGUCGGCGGCACCAAGCUCGAUGAGCGCAUCAUCCGCACAGACCUGGACCCGGGCUUCGAGGAGGGCCGGCAGUACGGGCGCGGCAAGUCGGGCGGCCAGGUGCGGGACGAGUACCGCGAAGACUACGACGAAGGCCGCGGCGGCAUAGGCAGGGCCAUUCAGUCGGAGCGAAUGAAGGAAUACGACGACGAGGGACGCUACGUUCAGUAG